UGAAUAGAAAGAAUUUUGUUAUAAUAAUGUUAUUCACUAAUAUAAAGGGAAUGUAAGAGAGAAUCAACAGUCAUAGGAAAGGUCAUAUAAAAGGCGCAUAGUGAGAGGGAAACCCCUCAGGGUUUGCUCAGGAAUUUCUGUUAAUGAAUGGUCAGAAUGGGAGAGAGAAAGUUGGGUAAACAUUCCUUUGCGCUAGCUCUCGAACCCAUAUUUCUAUAAAAGCGAACGACUGCUGAACGAUAGCACAUCAAACGUACAUCACCCAUCGAACCGAACACUUGCAAAAAUGAAGCUUUUAUUGGCCCUCUGCGCGUUAGGAGCGCUCCUUCAAGUGUCGAUUGCCACACACGACAUCAACGUACCGGUACUGGUACCGGUGCCACAUAUCAAGAAGGUGCCGAUUGGCAUCCCGAAGAUUGAGCGCACCAAGGGUGAGAUCAUCAAGCACGUACCGGAAGCGAUCAUCAAGCGUGUUCCCGUUGAGAAGCACGUUGAGGUGGAAAAGGAGGUCGAGGUCGUGAAGCAUGUGCCCGUGACAAAGGAGAUCGUCGUCGAACGUCCGGUAGAGGUUAUUCGCGAAGUUCCGAUCGAGAAGGUGGUCAUCGAAAAGGUGGAAGUACCGUACGAGGUGAUCAAGCACGUGGAGAAGAUCAAGCACAUCCCGGUCGAGAAGCACAUCGAGGUGAUCAAGGAGGUGGAAGAAAUCCGUGAGGUACCGUACAAGCGGUACGUCUUCAACAAGAAGCCAUUCCCGGUGCCGUACCACGAACCAGAAGAGGUGCAGGUACCGUACACCGUUCCAGCUCCGGUUGCACCGGUUGUGGCUGUGGUGGAACCGGCGGAACCCACGCUGAAGGACAAGUUUCACAAUUUAGCCGGUAACUACUUGCCCGAUCCGGUGGGAUUUUUCAAGAAAAUGGUAAACCAUUAAGAGGGACGGAUAAUGAAGGGAAGUUGGCGAGUUGCAGCAGUUCGGCAUGAAGCUUGAAUAAAGAUAUUUAUUAUACGCGAUUAAAACUUUUGUAUUACUUUUAUGUAUAGAUUUAAUGGAAUGUCUUCAUUUUUUUCCUAUUGAUGUUGUGAGUUGUAAAUAUUUGAUGAUAAAUGUAUUUUUUCUUCAUUCUCGGCCUGCUCAUGGUCGAGCAAGUCGCGAAGACAUGGCCAGAUCUCCAAUCCGUUUGAUGAAUGCAUUUAAAUUUCUUCAGUAAUAAUACAUAUUUAUAGUAUCAUUUUAAACACUCGAAAUCUGACCACACUAAAUGAAUUAUAACUCGGAAAAGGUUUGAGACAGAAGGACCAAUUUAGAACUCAAAAGGAAAAGUCUUUUAAAGUACUUCCAAUACAAAAAACAUGAAGUCUUGAAACAUGAAGAAAUAGUUCCUAGCUUGGGUAUGCUUUAACACCUUCCUUGUGAUGUCUUCCAUUAACUUUCAUAAAAAGUAUUUAACCACUCUUGGACAAUUCUGAAGACUUCAAAUAAAGAACUUUUCGAUCUAUUUGUCUCGAUG